ACGACGACCACGACAAUCUCCCCCUCGGACACACCACACCUCACGCAGCCAAGAUGCGGUACAUUCACUCCGAGGAAACGCUGCCCAUCCCUGAGAAUGUGAAGAUUCACAUUCGCUCGCGGAUCGUGACCGUUGAGGGACCCCGAGGCAAGCUUGUCAAGGACCUUUCUCACCUCGCCGUGACCUUCGGCCGCCCCAGCAAGGAUGUCAUCUCGAUUGAGCUGCACCAUGGUGCUCGCAAGGGUAUCGCUACCCUCCGCACCGUCCGCACCAUCAUCAACAACCUGAUCAUCGGUGUUACCCGUGGCUUCAAGUACAAGAUGCGCUACGUCUACGCUCACUUUCCCAUCAACGUCAACAUUGAGAAGAACAAAGAGACUGGCCUGUUUGAGAUUGAGAUCAGAAACUUCUUGGGCGAGAAGUACGUCCGCCGCGUGACCGCCCAGCCCGGUGUUGAGAUCAUCACCUCCCCCAACGUCAAGGACGAGCUCCAGCUCUCUGGCAACUCCCUCGAGAACGUCUCCCAGAGUGCUGCCGACAUCCAGCAGAUCUGCAGAGUCCGCAACAAGGAUAUCCGAAAGUUCCUUGACGGUCUUUACGUUUCGGAGCGCGGUAACAUUAUUGAGGAGUAAAUGGUUGACGGCGUCUGUCCGCUUGGAGGGUAGUCCACGAAAUGUUGGGGAGUUUUUUUCCUUCUCGCCUAUUUGCAUAGGGAAAGCAGAGCGAAUUAAAAAAAAUACCAUGGAUCUUCACAAAAAAGCCCGUCUUUUUAAGACUGUUACGUGUCCACGGAAAUAUGGCUUGUACUUUUUCUCAGUCGGGG